GAGGGGCCGUCAGGAUGUCGCGUUACGGCCGCUAUGGAGGCGAGACCAAGGUGUACGUGGGCAACCUGGGCACGGGCGCCGGCAAAGGCGAGCUGGAGAGAGCCUUCAGCUACUACGGGCCGCUGAGAACCGUGUGGAUCGCCAGGAACCCGCCGGGGUUCGCCUUCGUGGAGUUCGAAGACCCGCGGGAUGCCGAGGAUGCGGUCCGCGGACUCGAUGGGAAGGUGAUCUGCGGCUCCAGGGUGCGGGUGGAAGUGUCGACGGGGAUGCCUCGCCGCUCCCGUUACGACCGGCCUCCUGCGCGGCGCCCCUUCGACCCCAACGACAGGUGCUACGAGUGCGGUGAGAAAGGUCACUACGCUUACGACUGCCACCGCUACAGCCGCCGCCGGAGGAGCAGGUCCCGGUCUCGGUCCCGCUCCAGGUCCCGCGGCAGGAGGUACUCUCGCUCCCGCAGCCGCAGCCGCGGUAGGAGGUCCAGGUCUGCUUCCUAUCGCAGGUCCCGCUCCGUUUCUCCUCGUAGGUCUCGGUCCGUGUCGCCCCGCCGGUCCCGCUCGGCGUCCCUGAAGAGAUCCAGGUCUAGAUCAAGAUCCAGAUCUAGAUCCAGAUCUGUGACGUGGCCCCGUAGCAGGUCCAGGUCUCACGGCAGGUCGAAGUCGGGCUCGCCAGCCAAGAGUCGCUCCAAGUCCCGAUCGCCGUCUCCAAAGAGAAGUCGUUCACCAUCAGGAAGCCCCCCCAGGAGUGCAAGCCCUGAGAGGAUGGAUUAAAUUCCUGCAGUGGAUCCUUUGGGA